AGGAGCAGAGAACAGGAGACUACUGACGCUUUUUCAUUUCACUCGUCUUCUCAGGACAGGUACACGUCUGCCCUCAGCACAGAAUUUCAGCUAUAACUACAAUCAGUGUAUAAUGAAGAUGCCGUUAUGGGUUCUCCUGCUAAUGGGGCUGUUUGUCCCCGGACGCAGUGACUGUCAGAGAGACUGUUUCUCCUGCAGCCAAAUCCUUCCCAAAGACCACGGCUUUGACACACUGGUCUGUAUGAUGGAAUGUCGCAGCAGGGUUUCUCUGGGCCUCACAUGGGAGAGAUGUCAGACCGCCUUGGAGGAAGAACCCCUGGCGUCCCUGUCCAUAGGGAACUCGAUGCUGAAAAGAGCCGAGGAGGAAGUGGAAGCUGUCCUGCCGAUGGGUCAAUCUGACGGCGGUCUGACGUAUUCUGGAACCCUGCAAAGAUUCGACCACAUGGCACGAGCUUUGGGUUUGGACGAACUCAACCAAGAGAACCAAAUCUCCCAGUUUAGCACGGCUGUUCAGCCUCAGCCUGCGCAGGAAGAACCCGAGGCUGCGGACUGGGAGCUAAAAAGCGACCAAGAGGGUGAACCGGUGAACCUCACCAAACGUUUCGGAGGGUUCCUCAAAAGCAAGUACGGCUACAGGAAGAUCAUUGACCCUGGUCGGUCAAUGCAGAAGAGAUACGGUGGCUUCAUAGGCGUCCGCAAGUCGGCCCGCAAGUGGAACAACCAGAAACGCUUCAGCGAGUUUCUAAAGCAGUACUUGGGCAUGACCACUCGAGCUAGCGAGUUCAACAGCGUGUCCACUGACAUCACCCAGCAGAACGAGGUGUGAGCAUCGUCAGUAGCGCUACACUUCCCCAGAAAAGCCUUCAUCUGUUCACACACUUCUUAAUUCACAUUCAUUAAAAAAAUGACCUUUACAGCACAGUAGCAAAUGUCCGAGUCCUCUGCCAAGAACGUUUUAUUUCUUUUCUAUCAGGAAAUUUUAUUUCAUCAGUUAUCAGAAACUUCAUUUUGUCAGAUGAUACUGAAAAAUAACACACACUGAACAGUCAAUAUCAAGUGUUAGCCAUUAACAGUGGGGUCUGACACUCGUAAUUAAGACUUUAAUCCCAUGAAAGACAGCAAAGGUAACGUUGGGGAUGUUUUAACUUGGAAUUUGGUGUGCUAACUCUAUCUAUGCCUGAAACCACAUCUACUGUAUAUAGUGCACUAGUUAGCCUACAUUCACACUAGCAAGUCUCUCAGAUCGCGUGUAAUUUGUCUCUUUUGGGCGUGGCCUGUUCAACAUUUUGUGUUUUUUUUUUUUUAAACUCCGAUGAGAAACACUAGUAGCUAUAUAAAGUCUCUAAAGUGAACUAGAUAAACGCAAAUAUUUUUCUUCGUAAUGUCUCUACGUACACUCAACAGAGACACCAACAGUCUCUGCUACUUCCUUCAAAGCAUUUUUUCCUCAUAAUGUCUCUAUACACAUUUAAUGAGAGGUCGUGUAUGUCAGGAUAUGAAGAAACAACGGUUAUAAGGGUUUUUUUUUUUAUUCUUGUGCGUCAAACAGUAAAUGGGAACAAGUUAAAGGCAAGAACUAAAGUUGUCAGCAGGGAACUGAAGAAAUAACGGCUCGCACACAUUAUAGGAUUGGUCCGAGGAAUCGUUCACGCUAAUCGUCAUAUCUCUUUUCACAGUGAAUUGAGAAAAUUUCAAGGCAAAUGUCGCCUGAAAUGGCGGCUCAGUGUCGUUCACGUAGAUAGGAAAUAAUUCACCUUUAGUUUUGUCGCUUGCUAGUGUGAAUGUCGCUUGCUAGUGUGAAUAUUCAGUGCACUCCUGAAAUCCCACAAUGCAUUGCAAAUAGGUUAGCGUGCAAAGAUAGUCAAGGACAUGCGGGACACUCAUAGUACAUGUUGUAGUUUGUAAGGAAUAGAGUGUUUUAGAUACAAGGUGUGCUAACUAACACUAGGAUCCCUGUACAAUCACGACUGUUUUUCAGUUUCAAAUAUGCACAUGAUUUGUCUCAGUUUUAAAAUAAUAAUAUUCAUGAAUGAUAAAAAAUAAUAAUAAUAAUAAUAACGUAAAAAAAUCAGUAACUGAUACAUCCUCUAACACUUCCUAUGAAGGUCAUAUUUCAUGUUUAUAAUGCAUUCAUACCGUAUGUCAUUACACACAUUGUUAUAAUUACUGAUGAGAAUGCAUUACACUUUAUAGCUACCCUUAUUACGCAUUAUGAAUUGUUGACAAUGUCAGUAGUAGUUUAUAACACAUUAUAAGCCCUUUAAAUGAAUUAUACCAGAUAGUUUACCAGAUAGGAAAUCAUACCAAGAAACUACUCAAAGAACUUUUUAAAAAUGUAAAUUUAAGGUUUAAAAUCUACAUAUAUGGCUGCAGAGGAGUUUGGGGCAAAGAAAAUUCAGAGAAAUAAGACAUCGGUUGAUGUAAUAAACGUUAUUGUUUAUGUAAACUUUUUUUUAAAAUGUUAUUUCUCACAAAUACAACUUACGACUUAUUAUACUUAGGUUAUAAUAUCACAUGACUGUCAAUGUACUGUAUAUCAGUUACUUAUAAAUCAUCUCUGACUAAACAUUCAUUAAGCAAACUAAAGCUGAAUUUAUUUGGUUCUUAUGGUGAUAUAAUGUGUUAUAAACACUGGUUAUAAUGCAUUUUUUACCAUUUUAAAUUGCAUUAUAAACAUUGCUUUAAACUUAUGCCUUUCCACAUAAAAACAAUUAUAAUAACACGUGUAAGAAGUGUAAUAUGUUAUGAAUGUAUUCAUAGGUCAUUCAUACAGUAUAUAGGUACAUACAUAUGGCCUUCAUAGAAAGUGUUAGCAGUGGUUCUGUGCUAGUUUUUGUUAAAUGAUGAAAUAACAGAAGUUCUUGGUGGGACUGUAGUUUGUUAACACGUCUAAAAGUAGCAAAAUUCUAGAAAUUUCCAGGAGGGCAUGGUAAGAUUUUCACACACUGUUUACACUCUUAGAGAAGAACGGUUCUUUAAUGGUUCCUAAUGCGUUCUACGUGGAGGAGCGACCAGCUGAAGAACCAUUAAGCUUUCUAUAAGCUUGUACAGCUCAUCUAUUCAGAGAAUAAAACCACACUGACAUCUAGAGGUCAUUAAAACACGACAGUCCGUCCUCCCUAUAAAUGAUGAAGCCCACUGUUAUCGGACUUCGAGGAAGAAAAACAGAUUCGGACAGCAAAGGAACCCGAAACGCUUCAAUUUCACUGAUAAUACAGCUGUGAAAAUCUUCUGCAUCAGGUUUUUAUUUCCUUACAUCAGAAAAACAACACCAAACACUUGUAAUUUAAAAAAAAUAUUUAUGUAAAUGAUUAUUUAUGACUCAUAAUUCUUUUUUUUUUAAUUUUACUGAUAAUCCAUUAUAUUGCUCAUCAUAUUAAUUGUACAUAGAAAAAAAAAAAACGAUCUCAAUAAAAUAGUUUACUAUUUCUUUUGUGGCUUGUCAUGAAGCAAAUGAUUGUGUGUCUCGAUGUUGUUUGUUUGUUUUGUGCUACUGUGAAUUAUUACUUGCAGGAUGAGUGAAUCUAAAGUGGAUUUUACGCUUGUUCAUCAUACAAACUAUUUAAAUUAAUGAAUAAUUCAGUUUUUCAUGAUUAGCUUUUAGGAUUAGAAUAGAAACACUCAGCUUUAAGCUUUAAACUGGGCACAGAAUGGGCUGUUUAUACUGCAAAUCAUUUCUAUAAGAUUUCUAAUAAUAAUUUUGGGGAAGAAUUUCACAUAAAGCAGCACGUUCUAUUUUAUUCUAUUUGCAGAUAUUUUUUGGGGGGGGUUAUGUUUUUUUUUUUUUUUCAAACUGCUGGAAAUUUUCUUUAAUCUGAAUUACAGAUAGUUGAAUUCAGAGCCAAAGUUAAAUACCUUAAGAUUCACAUUUCAUAUAAAGCAAUACGUUCUAUUUUCUUCUAUUUGCCUAUUUUUUGUCUCUUUUUUGAAAAUCUUUGCCUAUUACUGCUGUUGAAGAAGAAACCUGUCGCUGAACUGACCCGACUUCUGAUUGGUCUAGAGACUGAAUAACAAAUCGUACAUGGGCUGUUUGAAGGACAAUUAAAAAAAAAUAUCAGCCAAUAAUUCAAAGUGCAAAACAUUGACGAGUUUAUAAUCGGAUAAAAUAACAAAAAACGCAUUUUCACUGCUGAACUUUACAGC